ACUCAGAUCUCAAGAGCCAGUUGAUGUUCACCAAAAAUGCCUGAUUACACGAAUACUGAGUUAAUGGAAUUUAUUUGUCGCGUCUUGAAAAAAGUUCACGCGAUAGAGUCAAAAUUGGAUCAAUUUCUUGGCAUUAAAAAUGACGACGACGACGAAGAGAAAGACCAGACUGCAUCGCCUUUUGAUAUAUUAACUCUUAAUGAUAACGUCGACUUGAGCUUCAAUUUCAAUCCCAUCAAUGAUGACAAGGAACUGCAAGAAGUUACUGACUUGAUUAACAAAGAUCCAAAGUAUUUGCAGAAUUUGCGAUUACUCAUGCAAUCUAAGCGAAAAUUCUGUUUGGAAGACAUUUUUACUGAAAAAUUUCUACUCGGCUGCAAUCUCUGCGGUAUAAAUGGUAAAAGGAAACUUGAGGGUCUUGCACCUUUUGAAAAGGUGUAUGUCUACGUUCUAAAGCUCAACGGUGAAGAUCCCAAGUACAUACGUAAAUUAGUGAUGAGCAAAAUCAGCCAGAUAAAUCAUCGUGUCAGUCGAAGGGCCCGUCAUAAGCUACAAAAGAGACUAAAAGCCUAUGAAGGUCUCGAAGAAGGACAAAUCCCUGUAGAUCACGAUUACCAAAGAUCAGAAUUCAAUGAAGACAGUUUGAGUUUGGAUGAAGACGAUUCUCAGUUAGACAUUGUGAAAAAUGAACCUUUCGACGAGGACAGUGAUAGUAAUGAGCCCUUGGCAAAAUUGGUACCUUCAGCAGGUGAAGAACCUUCAAGUAGUUUGGAACCUACGAAGAGUGUCACUCCUCUCAGGGGUUUUCCAUUCGAGCCGAUAAAGACAAAAAAGGAAAUGAGCAUUGUUGACGAACGAAUUAAGGAGGAUCCGGAAUACUUGGAACAACUUCGAAAGCAUUUCAGUAGAAAUCGCGACAACGUUUGUCGAUUGGAUCAACUUUUUACCAGUGAGCUUAUGUUUACAUACAACUAUUCGGGCAUGCACGACAGGGAAAAAUUGACUGAUCUCACGCUUUAUAAGGAUAUUUACUUCCAUUUAAAACGAAUCCAAGGAGCAACUUUAGAAGACAUCGAAUUUGACGCCAAAUCGGAAUUGAGACGAAUGAAGAAAAGAGUUUACUCACGAAAUGAAACAAGACGUAUCAAACCACCGCCGUGUAAAAAGACAAAAAUCUAAGUUAAAUUACUGAAAUUCCAAAAUAACUUACAUUCAAAGAAGCUGCUUUUUAAGGUUAUCUCUUAAAAAAUAAAAAAAAUGCUAAACAGAUUUUAUGUU